AUACUCGCCCACUGAACAAACCCUGUUGCUUGACGACGGGAUUAUCACACGCACCACCAGCAAGUAAUUGAGCGAUCGUAACAUUUCAGUGAUCUGAAGUAAGGUUUUGACCAUGAAGGAUAGCAGUUCAGAGAUUCUACUAACUAAAAGUGCAGGCGAAACCCGUUCAGAGACGGAAGAAGAAACAUGGAAUCCACGUAACAUGGUCCUUCUUUUUUCGAUGUGCCUAGUAUACUUCGUCCUAUACGCGGCAUAUUCAGUUUACGCACCGUACUUACCAAGUGAGGCAGAAGAUAGAGGCGUGUCUGAAAUUUAUGUUGGAUUAAUAUUUGGAUCCUACGCCUUUGCGAUUUUCCUAACCUCUCCACCGUGGGGAGUUCUUGUGCCAAAAUAUGGUGCACGCAAUGUACUUCUAACAGGUAUUUUUAUCGCUGCAACAUCCUUGAUGAUAAUGGGAUUUGGCGAAGUGAUAUUUGAUCCAACAACGUUCGUAGUCUUUUGCCUAGUGUUACGAAUAACAUCGGCCAUUGGGGCAGCAGCUGCUGAGACCGCUGUCCUCGCCUGUACGCUGCAGAAAUUCCCAAAUAAUUCCGGAACAAUUUCUGCAGGAAUGCAGCUAUCUUGUCUUUGUGGAAGUUCCUUGGCUCCAGUAUUUGGAGGGUUUCUCUACACAGUAGGUGGCUUCAAACUUCCUUUCAUCAUUAUGGGUCUAGUUCUGCUUUGUAGCAUUGGAGUUUUAGCUUUUCUGCUACCGAGCGAAACAGAGAGUCGGACAGACGAUGACGAAUCAAAGAAAAGCAUAGCAAUUUGCAAUUUCAUGAGACCAUUAAAGAUUCCCGCUAUUUUCAUGAUGGGGUUUACCACUGUUAUCGGUUGUGUGUUGUAUAGUUUCAUGCAACCAAUCUUGGCACCUCACUUAAGAAGCUUGGGUCAAAAUGCUGCACAGAUUGGUCUUGCGUUCUUUUUAUUUGCUGGCGUUAACAUCAUCUCAGCGCUAGUAUUGGGCUUUAUAACAGACAAAAUGACUUUUUAUUGGUCCAAGCCUCGGUGGUACUCUGGCGGAACAUUUUGGCUUUGCUUGGGCACUGACGAUUGCAGCUCUCAUGGGCUUUGCUCAAGCACUAAUUUUACUUAUCUUCACAUUGGUGGAAAAUGUGUCUCGAGGAAGUUCCAAUCUGAAGGAAGAGAAGCUAUCUUUGUUGAGUUAAGGCACUACUAAUGACGAAAAGGAAUGGAAACGUUGAAAGAAAUUGAAUGAAACCACAGAAGUAAUGGAAAGCUGUCUGGAAAGCAUUUUGGAUUCCUCAGUGGACGACCAUACAAUGUUUUUGUAAUAUUUCGCGAUGAAUAAAUAGAAUGAAUGAA